UAAACCUACUGUUCACUAUAUACUCGCGAAUUCGUAUGCAACAAAUACACUUUGUUUGGGACUGUAGCGGUAAUAAGAGGCCUAUAGUACCUAUUGUAUAUUGAUAUAUACAUACAUAUACAUACACACACAUACAGGUUUACACACAAAUCGAUAGAUAUAUAUAUAUAAAUAUAUCUAUAUAUACUUAUACAUACACAAGCAUAUACAUCCGUAAAAGGAUACGGGGAACUAUAAUUUUGCACUGAACGUCCACGCUAGUAGAUAAUGGAAUAUCUUGACACAACUGGAGCGGCCGUUGGGCAGCAAAGAAUUCUGUGCUGCAUCUGCGGUACAUCCAUCGCACCCAAUGAUGCCAACAUGUGUGUGCCGUGUAUCCGCUCACGCGUGGAUAUCACUGAGGGCAUUCCCAAGCAGAUGACUAUCUACUUCUGCCGUGGCUGCGAUAGAUAUCUACAGCCCCCAGAGCACUGGAUUGCCUGUGACUUAGAGUCGCGUGAGUUGCUAGCCUUGUGUUUAAAGCGUCUCAAAGGUCUCAACAAAGUGCGGCUGAUCGAUGCAGGCUUCAUCUGGACUGAGCCGCAUUCUAAACGCAUCAAGGUCAAAGUGACUAUUCAGAAGGAGGCCUUUGCGGAUACGGUCUUGCAACAGGAGUUUGUGGUGGAGUUCACGGUGCACAAUCAGACGUGUGACGAUUGUCAUAGAACCGCCGCCAAAGAUCAUUGGAAUGCCGUAGUACAGCUCAGACAGAAGGUCAAUCACAAGCGUACAUUCUACUACCUGGAACAGCUGAUCAUCAAGCAUCGCGCACACACAAAGACGGUCAACAUCAAAGAGUGCGCUGAUGGAUUGGACUUCUACUUCGAGAGUCGCAGUGACGCUGUAAAGCUGGUGGAUUUCCUGGGAUCGACCGUGCCCAUCAAGAUGAAGUCGUCCGAGCGACUCAUCUCAUCCGAUGUACAGAACAGCACAGCCAACUUCAAGUUCACGCUGAGUGUGGAGAUCAUGCCCAUCUGCAAGGAGGAUGCGGUGUGCCUGCCCAAGAAACUGGCCAAGUCUCUGGGAUCCAUUUCACAGCUGCUGAUCUGCACGCGUGUAGGUACCAACAUAACUCUGAUGGACCCCCAGACUCUACAAAAUUGCGAGCUGUCAAACAAUGUGUUCUGGCGACAACCCUUCAAAGCCCUGCGAUCACAUGCCAAUCUGUCGGAAUAUAUUGUCUUGGAUAUCGACCUGUCCGGACAAAGAAAGGGGAAGUACGCUCUGGCGGAUGUGGAGGUAGCACGCGCGUGCGACUUCGGCGUAAACGACAACACGUAUAUGACCAAGACACACAUUGGCCAUCUGCUCAACGUAGGAGACAGCGCUAUGGGUUACGAUCUGACCUUUAUCAAUGUGAACGACAACGCCUUCGAGGAACUCGAUCCUGCUCGUGUGCCUUAUGUUAUUCUGGUAAAGAAGCACUACCCUGCAAGACGAAAGGUUAACAAGAAACGUUUCUGGAAGCUCGAGAAUUUGACCAAGAUCAAAGAGGAUGCCGGUGAGAAGAAAAAGAAGGAGACUAACGAGGAGAUGCAAUACGAGCUGUUCUUGCGAGACUUGGAAGAGAAUCCCGAACUCAGAGCGAACGUCAAUCUGUAUCGUGAGGCGGGUGUUGACGAGAAUACGCAAACACGUGUUACGCACAAUGAGGAUGGAGAAGAGAUUGAGGAAGAUUUCCCUGAGGUUGAGCUGACUGAGUUGCUGUCUGCGUUGGCCAUAGAAGAGGCUGCCGCUCCCCAGGGCAUGUCCACGCGGCACGAGCCCCUUGGAGAGGAUAUGGACAUGUUGGAGUAGUGUUCCGAAGUUCGGGCCAUCUCGUGUUCGUUGGAGGCUGCGAGUUGUGCUACGCCAUACAUAAUAAACCCAGAGCUUAGAAAACGUAUUCUAGUUUCAAAAAAAUGUAACCGGGCUUUACCU